AACAGUUGAUUUUAGUGGAAUCCCAACAUUUACAUAUAUCUAAUAAUUAAACAGAUUAUAUUUGCAUGAAAAAUAAUGUGUAUAUAAGGAAGUUGAGAUUGUGCUUCAUUUUUUACACCAAUGUAAAAGCUUGUUGAAGAAAACAGAGAGUUUGACAAAACCAAACCAAAAAAAAAAAAAGCAACACUGUGAAUGGAUUAUCUGGCCAAGAUUUUCGAUCAAACUAAACCAUUUGUAGCUGUAAUCCUUUUGCAGUUUGGGUUUGCAGGCAUGUCUUUAAUCAGUAAGUAUGCUUUAAACCAAGGCAUGAGCCAACAUGUUUUGGUCGUCUACCGCCACGCCGUCGCCACUCUCGUCAUUGCUCCUUUCGCCCUUGUUUAUGAUAGGUUUCAUAUUUUUCGACCAAUACUUUUAAUCAUGUUAUAUUUAUUCAUUGUGAUUGUCCAUCAUUUAAAUCAAUGGCUCAUUUGCAGGAAGAUUAGGCCAAAAAUGACCUUGUCUAUCUUUGUUAAGAUAUUGUUACUAGGGUUAUUGGAGCCAACAAUCGAUCAAAACUUAUUCUACAGUGGCAUGAAGUAUACUUCAGCAACUUUUACAUCUGCAAUGUGCAAUGUUCUUCCUGCAUUUGCAUUUAUCUUCGCCUGGAUCUUCAAGCUUGAGAAGGUUACUAUAGGAGAAGUCCAUAGCCAGGCAAAGAUAAUAGGAACCAUUGUGAGUGUGGGAGGAGCAAUGCUAAUGACUUUGAUAAAAGGACCAAUGUUGCAGUUGCCAUGGAUUAAAUCAGAUGAUGACCAUGCUUUUUCCAGUGCUGCAACUCACCAAUAUCCCAUCAAAGGAGCUAUCAUGAUCACCAUUGGUUGUUUCAGCUGGGCCGCUUUCAUCAUUCUACAAGCCAUUACGCUAAAAUCAUACCCUGCUGAGCUUUCCCUAACAGCUUUAAUCUGCUUGGUGGGCACCAUUGAAGGAUGCAUUGUAGCUGUAGCCAUGGAAGCUGGUAAUGCUGCUGUUUGGUCUAUUCAUUUGGAUGCUAAACUAUUAGCUGCUGUUUACAGUGGAGUAAUCUGUUCUGGAAUUGCUUAUUAUGUUCAAGGGAUGGUAAUGAAAACCAGAGGGCCUGUUUUCGUGACUGCUUUUAGUCCCUUAAGCAUGGUAGUUAUUGCAAUUUUUAGCUCAUUUAUCUUAUCAGAGAUACUCUACUUAGGAAGGGUUAUUGGAGCCAUUGUUAUUGUUGUUGGCCUUUAUCUGGUUUUGUGGGGUAAAAGCAAGGAUCAAAGGUCAUCAAAUCAAGACAUCCAAAUGGAAGGAUCAAAUGAUCUGAAAAUGAUUCCCGCCAUUGAUGAGACAACAAAGGUUUCAAAUCAAGAACUUGGUGUCCUGGAUUUAACCUCCAACAAAGUGACACCUACUGAUGAAUAUGUCUGAUGAUAUGAAAAAUCAGGAGAAAGAAACAGUUUUUUUUUUUUAAAGAUUAAAACAAGUUUUAUGAACCCUAAAUUCUCCAAGAAUGCAAAGUAGAGAUUAAGCUAAUGAAUGGCUAUAAUAACUAAAAUCAUUGUAAAGUGGGUUCUGGUGUUUAAUCUUCUUACUUAUUCAUUGUCAUGAUCUAAUUCACUCACAGUGAAUCAAAUUUUAUUCCACAUAGAAAUCAGUGAAUAUUCAAUUGAAUUAGUCAAAUAA